AUGAACCAAACACAGAUGAAUUGUUCUGGUCGAAACCAUACCUCGCAGAUGAAAACGUGGAAAUUUAUCCUACAGUUGAACUUUGAUGUGAUUAUCACAGUCGCUGCUUUGCUCGGCAGCUAUUUGAUGCUCAGAGCGUUUCACAAAUUUCAAAAUCUGCGAACUGCGUCUAACAUCAUUCUGGUGAGUUUGUCUACCGCUGACGGUUUACUGGCGAUUCCCCGAAUUCUAGACAUCAUUAAUUUGACCUUAAGGUAUAAUGCUAAGUAUCUUUUACGUAUGCCUGUUCUUCAAAAGGUAAGCGGAACUUUCACGUUCUUUCUCGUUUCGGUCAUCAUUCUUCAUCUCGCUUUAAUGAGUGUGGAGCGUUUCAUCGCCAUCAAGUUCGCCUUAACAUACCACACCAUAGUGACCAAACGCCGAUCGCGGAUCGUUUCCAUCGCAAUGUGGCUGUGGGCUCUGGUCGUUACGAUAGCUCUGCCAAGGUUGCUUAAGACAACAGGGAAAGAUUUCAGAAAGUGUCGCAGAGAGAUGAACGUAGACAUUAGUACCUCCCAAGUGCUCCACACCAGAUGGCAUCUCGUAUUCCAAGCUGCGUCAAUGUUUCUUGUCCCCCUGUUGUAAUGAUCAGCGGUAUUUUGUAUGAGUGUAAGCGUGCGCAUGACCACCUGGGUCAGCCAUGUUGGAAUAAAAAACUUGGAUCCUGUUUACUAAGAUGUUUUAUCCAGAUCCAUCGUGCUAUCAGAUAAAGAACAUAACAUGGUGUCAGAAGUAAAGUACGAACAAGAACCUCAGCCAUCGAUAUGGCGAAGAUUUGAAUAAAAUACAGGCCGUAUUUCAGAGCAAUCAACAUCGGCGAUCGUAAUUCAUGUCACAGGAUCAGUCGAUUCCUAUCACGCCCGCGGGGGAAGAAAACACUGCAGAAGUACAGCAUUUACAAGUUGAAGACGAAGAAAACACAGAGGAAAUACAGCAACUAGUUGAAGACGAAGAAAAUACACUUGAAAUGGCGAUGCAUUUAGGUCUUCCACCUCCAGAAGCUCUCGACUUGAGUGGAGGAAACAUAUCAGCCAAUUGGAAGAAGUUCAAACAGAAAUAUACAAAUUACGAAAUUGCGACCGGAAUAAGUUCGAAGGAUAGUGCAACCAGAGUAGCAACACUUCUAACAGUUAUUGGUAACGAUGCUAUUGAUGUUUUUAACACUCUAACUUGGGACGAAGAAGGCGAUGACAAAAAAAUCGAAAAGGUGCUGUUGAAAUUUGAGGAACACUGUGAACCCAAGAAAAAUGUCAGCUACGAGAGAUACAAAUUCUUCUCAAGAGCCCAAGAAAGCGGCGGAAGCAUCGACCAGUACGUAACAAUAUUAAGAAAGCUUUGUGAAACAUGUGAAUUUGGAACAUUGAAGAACUCUCUCAUCAAGGACCGAAUUGUACUUGGUGUAAACAACACAAAAACAAGAGAAAGAUUACUCAGGGUGCCAGACCUUACACUUCAGAAAGCAUUAGAUGUGGUACGAUCUGCAGAAGCUACGGAUAUGCAAAUGAAAGAACUGGACGACUCAUCAGUUCAUGGAAUUGGAAGGGAGAAGAACAAGUCAACUGACAAGAAAACAUCUUCAGAUAAUGAGGAAAAAAGACCCCCAAGCAAGAAGUUCAAUUGCGGGAACUGUGGAACAAGACAUGGCGUAAGGGAGUGUCCUGCAUAUGGCAAAACAUGUAACUAUUGUCAGAGACGAAAUCACUUCCAGAGUGUAUGCAGAUCACGGAAAAAAGUCCAUGAACUGGGUGUAGAGCAACAAGAAGGAAAUAUUCCUGACUCAACCCUAUUUGUAGGAGCUGUCACUACUGAAGUUCGGAUCCAGAAUGAGGAGUGCUAUGUGAUGUUGCCAGUGAAAGGACAUAUCACAAUACUCAAAAUUGACACGGGUUCUCAAGUUAACAUCAUGCCGUUCAAAGACCUAAAGAAGAUAGUUGGAAGCAAUCCACAGAUAAAUGCCUGCACACAUAAUCUAGUCAGUUACUCUGAAGAUAAGCUAACUGUACUUGGCACAGCUACACUACCAGUGAAAUCUAAAACAGAUGUAGAACAUGAGCUGACAUUCCACAUAGUGGAGACAAAUCAACUAGGAUUAUUGGGGCUCACAGCAUCCCAAGAUCUGGGUCUAAUAAAAGUAGUUAUGGUGGCCAAGACAGAAGAAAGGCAAACUGAACCAGACAAAAGUGAAGAGGUUACGAAGUUGUCUGAAGAACUGAAAGAAGAAGUACUGCAGAAAUACACGCAGGUAUUCACUGGGUUGGGACGCUUGGAGAAACCUUACCACAUUGAAGUAGACCCUACUGUGACACCUGUCGUAAACCCACCUAGAACGGUCCCAGCAGCUCUUCGCGACAGAGUGAAAGACGAACUGGAUGACAUGGAAAGGAGAGGAGUUGUUCGCAAGGUAGAAGAACCCACAGAUUGGGUCAAUUCUAUGGCCAUUGUUGAAAAGCCUAAUGGUAGUCUGCGGAUUUGUUUAGAUCCAAGGCACCUCAAUAAAGCAAUAAAGCGGGAACACUUUCAGCUUCCCACCAUCGAAGACAUCACUACACGCAUGGCAAAUGCAACAUGGUUCACUAAGCUUGAUGCAAACCGAGGAUACUGGCAGAUACCUCUUGAUGAAGAAAGUCAACUUCUAACCACCUUCAACACACCUUUCGGGCGGUACUGCUAUCAGGUCACUCCAUUCGGAAUCACAUCUGCUCAGGAAGUUUUCCAAAAGCGGAUGAGUCAACAUUUUGGUGACUUGGAAGGAGUUGAAACCGACAUCGAUGACAUAAUAGUGCAUGCAGAAACAGAAGUUAAACACGACCAUCGUGUACACGCUGUCCUGGAACGAUGUGAGAAGAUCAACCUAACACUGAACAAAGAAAAGUGCGUCUUUAAAGUCAACGAAGUCACCUACAUUGGUCACAAACUCACACAAGAAGGAAUCAAACCUGAUGAUGAAAAGGUGCGUGCCAUCAAUGACAUACCUGCACCAACUGACAAGAAAGGAGUAGAAAGACUCCUUGGAACAGUCAAUUACUUGGGCAAGUUCAUCCCAAAUCUGGCAACUGUCACUGAACCUAUCAGAGUUCUACUACGAAAGGACAUUGAGUUUCAGUGUGCACGUGAACAAGAAAAAGCACUUCAUGAAAUUAAAAGCAUCCUAACUAAAGAUGGAGGGCCAGUCCUGAAAUUCUUUGAUGUACAAAAGCCUGUUACGAUCAGCUGUGAUGCCUCCCCAACCGGCCUAGGAGGGGUGCUGCUACAAGAAGAACGUCCUGUUGCCUAUGCGUCAAGAUCCCUCACUGACGCAGAAUCAAGAUACGCUCAAAUUGAGAAGGAACUCUUAGCUGUUCAGUUCAGCUUAGAACGUUUCCACCAAUACAUCUAUGGAAAGAAAGUUACCAUCGAGUCAGAUCACAAGCCACUUGAGGCCAUCGUUAAAAAGGCACUAGCAUCAGCACCACCAAGACUACAAAGAAUCCUGCUUAGAAUGCAGAAGUAUGACUACACUUUGGAAUACAAGCCAGGAAAGGAGUUAGUGCUUCCGGAUAUGCUCUCUAGAGCACCACUGCCUGAAACAGCAUAUGGCAGCAUGGAAGAAGAAAUUGCACCACAUGUGCAUUUGCUAACUUCUAACCUACCAGUCUCGAAGCCCAAACUAGAAGAAAUUAAAGAAGCCACAGCUAAUGACCCAUCAUUGAAAGAACUGAAGGAUGCGGUCAAGUCAGGAUGGCCAGAAACAAAAUCUUGCACACCAGCAAGUAUUCAAGUCUACUGGAAUGUAAGAGAUGAGCUCUCUGAAGUCGAGGGUGUUAUUCUCAAAAAUGACAGAAUACUAGUCCCGUCAUCUAUGAGAAAAGAAAUGCUACAAAGGAUACAUCAAGGCCACAUGGGGAUCGAAAAGUCCAAACGACGAGCAAGAGAUGUCCUAUACUGGCCAGGAAUAAAUUCUCAAAUCAGCGACAUGAUAUCAAGGUGCACCAACUGCUUAGAGCAUCAACGGUAAAACACGAAAGAGCCAAUGAUCCCUUCUCGCUUACCGCGCAAGCCCUGAGAAAUGGUCGCCACAGACUUGUUCAACUGGGACAAAUCUGAAUACCUGAUAGUUGUUGACUAUCACUCCAGAUAUUUUGAAAUAGCCAAACUACCAGACACCAAAAGCACCACAGUCAUCACCUACACUAAAUCUAUAUUUGCCAGACAUGGAAUACCAUCCAAAGUAAUCAGUGACAAUGGUCCCCAGUACUCCUCAAAGGACUUUUCACUGUUUGCUAAACAAGGGGAAUUCAAACACACUACUGUCAGUCCACUGUGCCCCCAAGCAAAUGGUCUUGUUGAGAAAGAAGUACAAACAGUGAAAAAUCUACUAACCAAAGCAAAACAAGAUCGCAGGGAUCCUUAUUUGGCACUACUUGAGUACAGGAACACACCAAUAGAUGAUAUUGGUUCACCAGCGCAACUGCUUAUGAGCCGGCGAUUAAGAUCAAUCAUUUCCACUACCAACGCACAGUUGCAGCCUAAAGUCCUUAAUCCACACAAAGUUAUGGAGAAACUGAGGCUCAAACAGGAAAACCAAAAGCACUAUUUUGAUCAGCAUGCCAAACAUCUUCCCACAUUAGAGAAAGGUGACCGGAUCAGAGUACAAAUGGGGAGCCAUUGGAAACCAGGCGUUGUAACAGAACACGCAGAAACACCAAGAUCCUAUAGGAUUCGAACUGAUGAAGGUAGAGAAUACCGCAGAAAUAGAAGAGCAUUAAUAAAAUCACCAGAAAGUGGUCUAUCAGCAACAGACAUCUCACCUCAGCCUAAGUCUCCAACCGUGAGAGCAAAUGAGCAUUCAACCUCAAAGGAUCAGCCAAUCAAGCAAUCCCAUCUGUUGAAGAGCCCAUUUCGACAUCCCAAGAGCAAGGGGAAAUGUAUUCAUCCGAGGAGGAAAUCUCAGAGCCUCUCAAGACAGCAAGUGGAAGAACUGUGAGAAGGCCUUUGCGUUUCAAGGAUUAUGUUAUGUGACACUGAACUCAUCAUUGAUAUGGAAGGUUGAUAAACAUUGUUUCGAAGGUUCUGUUAGUCACAGUUUGCAAAUUUCUCACAAGUUGAAAUUAGAGGAAACAUUUUGAACUUUACAUGAAAUUGUUGUCCUUUUGACAUUAGACCGUAUUACCAAUCUUGGUAUCAAGGUGUACUUAUCCUUUUUGUUUAUUUGUUUUCUUUUCGUUUUUGUUAGGGAAAAGUUGUAAUGAUCAGCGGUAUUUUGUAUGAGUGUAAGCGUGCGCAUGACCACCUGAGUCAGCCAUGUUGGAAUAAAAAACUUGGAUCCUGUUUACUAAGAUGUUUUAUCCAGAUCCAUCGUGCUAUCAGAUAAAGAACAUUACACCUGUUGAUCAUUUUAUUUUCGUACACCUACAUCUUCAUAGUAUCCUACAAGCAGAGACAACAUGUCAGAGAACAGAGCCGCGACGUUCCAGGAAUGCCCACUAUCAAGCAUCAAAUGAAAGGUGCCCGCACUCUCGCCAUUGUUGUAGCGCUGUGUCUACUCAGUAUCAUCCCUAUGCCGGCUGUGACUUUCCUCCGAGUCUUCCGUGGCAUAUUAAUCGGAGGCCGCUACCAUCAAAAGCUACUGAAGCAAAUCCUUUAUGACGUGGCCAUGUUUGUGAAUGCCAUAUGCAACCCUCUUAUCUACGGAUGGAAAAAUGAAGAAUUUAGGAACGCUUUUCGUAAGAUGCUGAAAUGUUGCUUAGUGCGCAAACGUUUUUAGGUGUUUAAAAAUGUUUUGUUUAAUGCGAAUUAAACAAGUACAGGCAGAAACUCAUAAGGGUUCAAACGAUACCAAACUCCCUUCGGUAAGCCAUUGAAAACAGCUCGAGGUUUCUAUCUGCCAAAUUACUGGACUCAAAAAAGAUCCCUGCGCAGGAACUGUAUGGUGUCAAAUGCUUAUUCAUUUCAUGUAUAAUAAUAAUACAGUGGCACGAAUGUAAGCUUGUCACAGUUUGAGUAAAAAAAGAGACUAUUUCUUAUGAUCAGAUCUAGGGGAAAAGAUCAUUAAAAAAAAGCCCAGUGGAGGACAUACACUGACACAUUGCGAAUUUGUCAAAAUUUUUUACUGUCGGCUGAGAAUUGAGAGGGAUUUUAAAUUAAGAACUGAGACUUAAGAUCAAAGAAUUGUUGAUAUGGCUGGGAAAUGCCAACGGCGAUUCCAGGACCCCCAGCAGUCACCCUUUAACUCCCAAAAGUUGUAAAAGAAAAAGCAGACCAAUUUCACUGGAGCUUUUGCAGAUAGCAUGGGAAAGAAGCAAAAUUUCCCCACAAAAAUUUUAAAUGAAUUUCAAGCAUUCUAGUCUCUUAGGAUAAUGCAAUGAAUAUGUUCUUUACAUUCCAUUCGCAAAAAAAACUUAUGUAUCGUGUAUGUACACGGUUCAAAGAAGAUCUAUUGGGAGCCCGGGGAAGGGGGCGACUUCCAUAUGAAAGUGGAUGAAAUAUUCGUCGCCUCGCUUAGGAUUGAUCAUGACGGAAACCAUUAUGAUAUGUUUACCCAUAGAAGUUAAUUAUUGCGGAUUGUGAGUAAAGAAACAACUAUGUAAAACAAUCAAAUGCCCUCGUUCUUUGUUGAGUCAAAUAACGACCCAGUCGCACACAUAUUUGUCUCCUAUAUAAUGAAAAUUUCAAUUUUCCGACGAUCAUUUUCGUCUCUGUUAUUUCGGAUUUCCUCCUCCCCAAGGAGAGAAAGGUUUGAAAGAAGGGUCAUCUUUGGUAAGUAUUUAGUUAGAAGAAUGGAAAUAUGAAAUCGUACUUUUUUAAAGUCUAACCCAAAGAAAUAUUUCGAUAAAUUUGAAUUCGAAGAGGUCAUGGUCGCCCAUGUUGUCUGCCGUUCUGGAUGACGUCACUGGUUUACCAGUACCUCAUGGCCAAUUAUCUAUUUCAUGUCAAGUCGAAUAAAACGCCGUAACGGAGGAAAACCCGAUCCGGAUCAUUUUAAAAUCCUUCCUCCCUCUUGUAUCACGGUGGAUACGAGUUUGCGUAGUGGCCUUAAAGGGGAGAUCCGCCCGAACGGGGUUCUUUGUUAAAGCUUCAGCUGCAGGUAUAUAAAAGGCUAGGGAUUUCACUUGGCUAGUUGAAGUAUAUGAAAGAAUAGGGCCGGAAAAAUUUUUUUUUCGUUGGUAAACGGACCCAAAAAGCUGUGGUUGUGAAUCGAAGAAGUUGAGAAAAACCUCCCGGUUUAGUAAUUUUUCACAAUUAAGAUACUAACAGUGAAUUUACACUGAAGAUGGCAGUUCAAAACGACGCAGCAUCCUAAUUUAGGUAUGUGAAAGGGGACCGGUACCAUUUGUCAAUAAAAGGGUAUACAAAAGGGAUUCCUUUUCUGUCAAAAAUGGUAUAUGUAGUAUAUGAAAAGUUAAAUCUUUUGACUUCGGAGCGGAGCCUCCCCGUAUAAAACUUUGUUGAGUGCUCCCCCAGCGGGAUUUAUCAGUCGGCUGCCGGAUGGCUGCUCGAUAUCAAGACGGUAUUCUUGUCUCUUUCGAAGACAAAGCUGAAUUACUUGAAUAUAAGUUGUGUAUCCACCAGUUAUCUUUACUAAAAUAACUGCUUUUCAUGACUAAAAACGUUGUCUUAUUGCAAUAUACUGAACAAACAGAACCCUUCUCGUUUGUUAAUUGCAUGUUUUCCUUCUGACACUUUGUUUUUGCAAAUGGACGUUAUUCGUAUUUUGAGGGAAAUAAUUUUUCCGAUCUGUUGAGUUUGGUUUUUCUUGUUCUGAAUUAAUUUUUGCUAUUCUUAGAAAUCGCAUUCAAUUCUUAUACGUUUGUCUGAGUCAAAAACGAUAAAAACAACAUCCGAAAAUAAAAUAACUAAAAUGGCAUUGCCGUUUAAAAUAUUGUAAUUGGGUGUGCACAGUAUCCCUUUUUGUAUGGUAGUCAACAUCUAUUUUGCGUCAAAACUUCGGGCUUGAAUGGGCUAUGUAUAAUUUCGACCAUGGAACUAAUUUUUGCGGUAGUGUUCUUUUGCGGGAGCAGUUUUUGCGCCUGAUCAGUCCGCGAGAAUUAAUUACCGCACGUAACAUCAUACGUGGAUGACAGAAAGUCUUGAACAUUGUGGCUUUCGAAUAAUUAAUUUUGAGCUGUUUUCGAAGUCGCGCAAACCUUUUCGAUGUGUCAAAUUUUCCUGUUUUUUUUUUUGUCUUGACCAGUCCGAUUCCUAACGAAGUCUCAUAUUUGGCCAGUUUUCACCCUUGUCCCUUAACAGCGCUAUAAAUUAUUUCAAUAGGGGAAGGUUUGGAAGUUUUAAUAGAAGUUGGGGAACCAACUCAAUUCAGUCUCUACUAAAUAAUUUAUUCGUUCCAUUUCACUCUGCAAAGAGGACUUGCGUCAUUCGGUGUUUUGUUAACAAUAAAAUAUUGCCUUUCAUAACUUACAAACCUAUUACUAAAUUAAUUGUGGGCAUGGUAAUUUGUAGUUAUCCUCAUUUAAGAACAUUUUAAUAUUCAAUAUUCAGCGAAGCGCAGCUGCGCGCAGGCCAGUUUAAAUUCAGAUAAAGGCAAUUGUGAGCGAAUUAGAAACUUAAAAGGACACAUUGCUAAUUGCAAUUCUAAAUUUAGCAGAACAUGUCCUGUAACCGAGGGAAAUGUUGCUACAACGAAACAAAGAUGAACGUUACCCCUAAAGUUUGUCUUGAAGGCCACGGUUUGACGAAGGCCGAGUCUAUUAUCAUGAUAACUUUUCAUGUGAUUUUGGCCGUGGCAGCCGUUUUCGGCAGCUACAUCAUACUCCGAGCGUUCCACAAACUUCACAGUCUUCGAACUGCGUCAAACGUAAUCUUGGCGAGUUUGUCCAUUGCUGAUGGAUUGCUAGCCAUCCCGUCAGUCCUAGACGUCGUACACUUAAAUCUACGCUUUGGAGAUGGGCAUUGGUCUUGCAUUCUGAGAAACAUAAGCUCAUGUUCCAGCUUCUUUCUCCUUUCAGUUAUCAUUCUUCAUCUCGCCUUAAUCAGUUUGGAACGGUCCAUCGCCGUGAGAUUCGCCUUGCGAUACCACAUCAUAGUAACUCAUCGCCGUGCACUGAUCGUUUCUAUCGCCAUGUGGCUGUGGGCUGCCGCCGUUUUGUUUGUUGUCCCACAGGUCCUUAAAGCAUCCAUCGACGAUUUCGAACAGUUCCGCCAGGCGAUGAAUCCGUAUAGUAAGACUCCUGAAGUACCCCCAAAUCGUGACCUGCCUCCUUUAACUAAAGGAUAUCUCAUAUUCUUGUUGAUAACACUGUUGGUUAUCCCCCUAGUUAUUAUCUUAUGGUCCUACUCCUACAUCUUCAUCGUGUCUCUUAAGCACGGAAGGCAGAUCAGAGAACAAGCUGACAUCUCAGGAUUACCUCGAAUCAAGCAUGAAAUGAAAGCCAACCGCACUCUCGCCGUGGUGAUAGGAGUAUGCCUUCUCAGUAUCAUACCGUUGUUGGUUGUGACAUGCCUUCGCUUUUUUGGGAAGCUGCCAGAGUGUGGCCAUCCAGAACGUAGGCCUUAUAAGUUUAUCGUUUACGACGUGGCAACUGGCUUGAACGCCAUCUGCAAUCCUCUUAUUUACGGAUGGAAAAAUAAAGAAUUCAGAAGAGCUUUUGUGAAGGUGCUGAAAUGCACUUAG